GACUAACGUCAUUUCCGGCGCGCCAGCCACGAUGCAUCCGGGUUCUGGCGUAGGAGCGGCGGUCUUCUCGCGCGGAUUGUGAAGCUGAGUUUUGGUACGCUGGACCCUCGGAGAGACAGCAGGACAGAGACAAGCCCGAGGCCUGACUUCUAGCUCUCCUGAGUUUGAGCCCUAUGAGCAGUGGAACCUAGGUGACUGGCCAUGUCAUUGUCCCACUUGUACCGGGAUGGGGAAGGCCGCAUUGAUGAUGAUGAUGACGAGCGGGAAAACUUUGAGAUCACUGACUGGGAUCUCCAGAAUGAGUUCAACCCCAACCGACAGCGCCACUGGCAGACCAAGGAAGAAGCCACCUACGGGGUGUGGGCAGAGCGAGACUCGGAUGAUGAGAGGCCCAGCUUUGGAGGCAAACGGGCCCGUGACUACUCUGCGCCGGUCAACUUCAUCAGUGCAGGACUCAAGAAAGGGGCAGCGGAGGAGGCAGAGUUGGAAGAUUCUGAUGAUGAAGAGAGACCUGUUAAGCAGGACGACUUUCCUAAGGAUUUUGGACCAAGGAAGUUAAAAACGGGUGGCAAUUUUAAGCCCAGCCAGAAAGGUUUUGCAGGAGGAACCAAAUCUUUCAUGGACUUCGGCAGCUGGGAAAGACACACAAAAGGAAUUGGACAGAAGCUUCUUCAGAAGAUGGGCUACGUCCCUGGACGGGGCCUCGGGAAGAAUGCACAAGGUAUCAUUAACCCAAUCGAAGCCAAGCAGAGAAAGGGAAAAGGUGCUGUGGGGGCUUAUGGAUCCGAGCGCACCACGCAGUCAAUGCAAGACUUCCCUGUGGUUGACUCAGAGGAAGAAGCUGAAGAGGAGUUUCAGAAGGAGCUGAGCCAGUGGAGGAAAGACCCAAGUGGAAGCAAGAAGAAGCCCAAAUACUCUUACAAGACCGUGGAAGAGUUGAAGGCCAAGGGCAGGAUUAGCAAGAAGCUCACUGCUCCCCAGAAGGAGCUUUCUCAAGUCAAGGUCAUAGACAUGACAGGCCGGGAGCAAAAGGUCUACUACAGCUACAGUCAGAUCAGCCACAAACACAACGUUCCCGAUGAUGGGCUGCCGCUGCAGUCCCAACAGCUGCCACAGUCUGGCAAAGAGGCCAAGGCCCCGGGCUUUGCGCUGCCCGAGCUGGAGCACAACCUGCAGCUGCUCAUUGACCUCACGGAGCAGGAGAUCAUCCAGAAUGACCGGCAGCUACAGUAUGAGCGGGACAUGGUGGUCAACCUCUUCCACGAGCUGGAGAAGAUGACCGAGGUCCUGGACCAUGAGGAGCGGGUCAUCUCCAACCUCAGCAAGGUCCUGGAGAUGGUGGAGGAAUGCGAGCGGCGGAUGCAGCCCGACUGUAGCAACCCCCUCACCCUGGAUGAGUGUGCCCGCAUCUUCGAAACCCUGCAGGACAAGUACUAUGAGGAGUACAGGAUGUCCGACCGUGUGGACCUCGCCGUGGCCAUCGUCUAUCCACUCAUGAAGGAGUACUUCAAGGAGUGGGAUCCCCUCAAAGACUGCACUUAUGGCACCGAGAUAAUCUCCAAGUGGAAAAGCCUCCUGGAGAAUGACCAGCUCUUGUCUCAUGGCGGACAGGACCUCUCGGCAGAUGCCUUUCACAGGUUGAUAUGGGAAGUCUGGAUGCCUUUUGUUCGAAAUAUUGUCACUCAGUGGCAGCCAAGGAACUGUGACCCGAUGGUGGACUUUUUGGAUAGUUGGGUGCACAUCAUUCCUGUGUGGAUCUUAGAUAACAUACUGGACCAACUCAUCUUCCCCAAGCUGCAAAAGGAGGUGGAAAACUGGAACCCGCUCACAGACACUGUUCCCAUCCACUCUUGGAUCCACCCAUGGUUGCCCCUUAUGCAGGCACGGCUGGAGCCGCUCUAUUCCCCCAUCCGUAGCAAGCUGUCCAGCGCCCUGCAGAAGUGGCACCCCAGCGACUCCUCUGCCAAGCUCAUCCUCCAGCCCUGGAAGGAUGUCUUCACUCCUGGCUCUUGGGAAGCAUUCAUGGUCAAAAACAUAGUGCCCAAGCUGGGGAUGUGUCUUGGUGAGCUAGUCAUUAACCCCCACCAGCAGCACAUGGAUGCAUUCUAUUGGGUGAUCGACUGGGAAGGGAUGAUCUCUGUCUCUAGUCUGGUGGGACUUCUUGAAAAGCAUUUCUUCCCCAAGUGGCUUCAGGUGCUGUGCUCUUGGCUCAGUAACAGCCCAAAUUAUGAGGAGAUCACCAAGUGGUACCUGGGUUGGAAGUCUAUGUUCUCAGACCAAGUGCUGGCACAUCCAUCUGUCAAGGACAAAUUUAACGAGGCACUUGAUAUCAUGAACCGGGCAGUGUCCUCCAAUGUUGGUGCCUACAUGCAGCCAGGAGCGCGGGAGAACAUUGCCUAUCUCACCCACACGGAGCGGAGGAAGGACUUCCAGUACGAAGCCAUGCAGGAGAGGCGGGAGGCUGAGAACAUGGCCCAGAGGGGCAUUGGCGUGGCCGCCAGCUCUGUGCCCAUGAACUUUAAGGACCUCAUUGAGACCAAGGCUGAGGAGCACAACAUUGUCUUCAUGCCCGUCAUCGGGAAGCGACACGAAGGGAAGCAGCUCUAUACCUUUGGCCGCAUUGUGAUCUACAUCGACCGGGGAGUGGUCUUUGUCCAGGGCGAGAAGACAUGGGUGCCCACCUCACUGCAGAGCCUGAUCGACAUGGCCAAGUGAACUGUGGCAGGCCCAGAGCCAGCCAGAGACUUGCCCCUGAGAGGGAUGUGUUGUGAAUAAACAGUAUUUUAGAUCACCUUCAAAA